AUGAAAUCUAAGGAAAAAGAAUACAGACAAGCAUGGAAAGUGAAGAUACAAAGAAAACACAAGAAAUGAAGACUGACCUGAACUUAUUAUUGGAGUGUCUAAAGCACCAAAUGGACAAUGCUUUUUCACAAAAGGAAGCUUUGGUCACUAUUCAUUCAAUUUGUCAACAAAACAGUAACGCAAGUGUUUAUUUUCGGGAAAUUGGUGGUUUGGUGUUUGUAAAAAAUCUUGCGAAGUCAAGUGAACAUAGCAUGGUAAAAGAAGCAGCCUUAUAUACAUUAGGAGCUAUUGCAGAAAAAAAUGUUUACUGUCAGCAGACUUUGUGUACUUCAGAGUUGUUUGAAGACUUAACUUGGUUCUUAUCUAAUGAUUCAAACAUAAAUUUGAAAAGAAUGUCUGUUUACGUUAUUUUGGUUCUGGUUUCAAAUAACAGGACUGGACAAACACUUGUGAGAGAAACAGGUUGUAUUACAGUUCUGUCACGGUUAUUCAGGACAGUUCUUUCAAAACAUGAGUUGGAUUUGUCAGAUAAAAAUGUUUUCCAGAGUUAUCAGUUAUGGUCUUCAGUAUGUAGUACUCUGUGUGUCUGUGUCAACAAUCCUCAAAAUGAUGACAAUCAAAUGUUUUGCUGUUCACUUUUUCCACAUGCUAAUGAGUGGCUAAAAAAUUGCAUGAAACCUGAGAUAAUUCGCCCUAUUUGCUCAUUUAUUGCACUCACUCUUGCAAAUAACACAUAUGUUCAGAAAUACUUUAUAUCUGUGGGUGGACUGGAUGUAUUGGCUCAAGUUCUCAUGCAACUGGAAUCUGAUUCACAUGAGACUCUUUCCAGUGCUAAACUUGCAGUGGUUGUGACAAAGACUGUGGAUGCAUGCAUUGCUGAUAAUCCUACUUUUGGGAUAGUACUCUGCAAGUACCACAUUGUUUCAAAACUUCUGGCAUUACUGCUUCAUGAAAGUCUGGAUUCAGGAGAAAAAUUUAGCAUUAUACUCACUCUUGGUCAUUGCACAGAGGAUUGUGAGGAAAAUCAGUAUGACCUGUUUAAACACAACGGCCUUCCACUUAUGAUUCAAGCCUUAACUGAAUCUCAGAAUGAGGAACUGAACAAAGCUGCCACAUUUGUGCUUUACAACUGCAAAAAAAUUACUGAGAAAUUAUCUCUCAGUCUAGGAGAAUAUCCUUUUGAUGAAAAUGAAACACAGCAAUUAAAGGACAUAAAUGUGAAUGAGAAGAAUUUCGAAGAGCACUGGAAGAAAGCAAAGGAAAUUCUACACAGAAUAGAACAGCUUGAAAGAGAAGGAAAUAGGGAAGAAAUACAAAGAGAAAACUAUCAGGAUAAUAUUUCAUCUAUGAACAUAAGUAUUCAGAACACAUGGAAAAAUCUCAAUGGAGAUCAUAUUUGUCAAGAUACCAAAGCAGAAGGCAAGGAUAAAAGCCAUUCUAGACAGCUUCAGAGUUAUAAGUCCCAUGGAGUCAUGUCUAAAGCAUGUACAAAUGAUGACCAAAUGAAGACACCAUUAAAGAGUGCAAAUCCAGUUCAUGCUUGUUAUAGGCAGAGUGAACGAAAUAAGACUUUAUAUAAAGCCAAGUCAAGCUGCAAUCAAAACUUACAUGAAGAAACUACUUUUGAAAAUAAUUUUGCUUCUCAAUCAAGUGACCAUGUUUUUAAACAUCCAGUUCACAUUGCCAAAAAUAUAAAGCAGCAGUUACCAGUAACAGGUUGCAUAGCAGUAGAAAAAUCCCUGAAUAGCCGAAACUUUAGCAAGCUCUUGCACUCUUGCCCAUACCAAUGUGAUCGUCACAGAGUCAUUGUGGAAGCUGAAGACAGAUAUAAAAAUGAACUAAGGAAAUCACUUAUCUGUAACAAAAAAAUUCUGCUGACCCCAUGUAGAAGACGACGACUCAGUAAUGAAUCUACUACCCCUGGAGGAAUAAAAACAAGAAGAAUUCGCAAAAACUUUACUGAAGAAGAAGUAAAUUACCUUUUCAAUGGAGUUAAGAAAAUGGGAAAUCACUGGAAUUUAAUUUUGUGGUCUUUCCCCUUUCAGCAAGGACGGAAGGCUGUGGACCUUGCUCACAAAUACCACAAGCUGACCAAACGCCCCAAGUGUGCAGCUUCUUGAUUGGAAGAAGACUGUCGGUUUUUAGUUUGGAUUCUUAAAAUACAGUGCCUUGAAAUAUACAUUACAUUUAAAGUUUUUUUCUAAACUCUCAUGAGAAGGAAUGUGGAAAUGAGGAUACAGUUUUCAUUAAACAGUUUUUGUGAUGCUGAAACUCAUCAAAUUAUUACAAUGAUUUAUAAAGCAAAUAUAUUUUCAGUAUACAGAUUAGUAAGAUAAAAUUCCUUCAUAAGAUCAAACAUUUGUUUAGGAAUAUGCUUUUAUUUUUCCUUAAGC